CAAGUUCAAUAUUUCUCCAAGUAGAAAAUAGCAUUCAGUUAAGUACCUCACAAUUGUACUUAAAUACACUAAAUGUAUACAUGUAAAUGUAGACUUUGUGACAGAAUCACAAGAAGGACAAAAAAAAAACCCCAUUCCCGCCCACUCAUGCUGCGCGGGUGACAAAUCAAACGAACCCUGCGCUGCGCGGAAGGCGCCUGUCCCACUCACACAGCAACUUCAGCCUUCUGGCAUCGAGAGGACAGACGCGACGGACAGUGGGAGAGACCAGUAGCAUGGAUGUCGCAGAGGAGGACGACUACUAUUACCAUGGAAACACCAGCUUCAACUUCAGCUAUGACGACUACCCCGCCAUGUGCGAGAAGGCUGACAUCCGUUCCUUCGCCGCCCUCUUCCUCCCCAUCAUGUACACCGUGUGUCUGGUGGUGGGGCUGGCGGGAAACGCCUUAGUCGUGACCGUUUACGCCUACCACAAGCGCCUGAAGACCAUGAUGGAUGUUUUCCUCACCCACCUGGCCGUGGCCGACCUGCUGCUGCUCGUCACGCUGCCGUUCUGGGCUGCUGACGCUGCGAGGGGCUGGGAGCUGGGGGAGGCCGUGUGCAAGAUGGUGUCGGCCUGCUACACAGUCAACUUCACCUGCUGUAUGCUGCUGCUGGCCUGCAUCAGCCUGGACCGUCACUUGGCCUUUGCCAGGGCGCAAGGCAGAGACCAAGGAGGACGGCUGCAGAGGAUGUUCUGCAGGAGACACUGUUGGAAGGCGUGUUUAGUUGUCUGGGCAACAGCUUUCAUGCUCGGUCUUCCUGAUUUAAUACUCUCAGAAGUGACAUGGGCAUCUAAUAGGAGCGUCUGCCUGGCAAUCAUGCCUCCAUCUAUGGCCGGAGGGGGUAAAGCUGCCCUGGAGGGAGCAGAGGUGCUACUGGGCUUCCUGCUUCCUCUCCUGGUCAUGGGGAUCUGCUACUGGAGCGCGGCCCGAGCGCUGAGGGGCCUCCCUGUUGAAAGCAGAGGCAAGAAAUGGAAAGCUCUGCGUGUUCUCCUUAUAGUGGUGGGGGUGUUUGUGGUCACACAGCUGCCUUACAACGUGUUGAAGGUCUAUCGAAUGAUGGACUCGGCCUACGCUUUUGUGACCCACUGCGGGACGAGUAAAGUGCUCGAUAAGGCCGCUCAGGUGACGGGGAGCCUGGCCCUCACGCACUGCUGCCUCAACCCCAUCCUCUACGCCUUCGUGGGGUCUUCCUUCCGGCAGCACAUGAUGAAAGUGGCCAAGAGGUUCGGGCAGAGGAGAAGAAAUAGGAGGAGGAGAGCGGAAAACCCUGCAGAGGAGGAAGGGAUGGAGAUGUCGUUUAACUCUGAGAGUGCAUCUCAAGUGACAAACACUUUCUCGGUAUGAGUGAAUGUCUUCACAUGAAUCGCUCAUUUAGUAAAAGUAGCAUAGGAGCAUUUCCCUCCACAUCAAAAAUUGGAGGUUUGUAUUUUAAGUAUUUCUUUCCUCUAGUUUUGUAAAGGUUUUCUGUCGAGUAAUGAAUGAAGAAUGCACUUGAUACUAUUAGAUGUAACACAAGAAUAGAAGAAGAGAAGAGAAGAGACGAAAGACGAGCGAGUUGGAUGUUUGCUCUUUUGUAAUACAACUCUGUCAUCACGCCUGGCUUCUUUUACCUUUAAUCUAAUCCCCUGAUCCACUUGAUGCAACACAUUUGCUCCAGCUGUAAACAUAAAUUCAAGAGCUGAGAGGUCAUACGAUUUAUUUAAGACAUUCAAUUUGCUAAAAGAAUGUGGGUCAUAGGAGACACAAAGGAAACAUUUUCUGAAAGGUUUGUAAUGCUCCAUGCCAGUGGGGCCCUGAGGAUCUACUGUAGUUUCACUUUUUCUUUUACUACUUUCCUGAUUUCUCAGCUAAACAAGUGGACUGUGACUUUGAAAAUGAAAGAAUAAUAAUAUUUAAAAAGAAGCCAAACUACAUCCAGUGGGAUUUGACUCCCUUUCAUGUGGUCGAGUCACCACUUUGUCGUUUCCUGGAUUCCUCAGAAUGUCAAACAUGUGUACACCUCGUUUUUUCUCAGACAGCCAAGCUGCACAAGAGUGAUAAACAACUUCUAGUAACCUUUUCGUAAGGUGAUGAUUAAAUGUGUGAAAUGUUGUCUUAAUUCUCCUCAUUGUUGCAAAUCUUAUUUGAAUAUUACAGAUGUUUUCCUUUAACACUGAUUUAACUUGGUUUGUGUUGUUGCCAAAAUUCACUAUUUAAUACAGUUGUUGCACUGAGGGACGGUUGCACACGGACCAGUUUUCCUUUACAAACUAGCUACAACAUCCACUUGUUGAAAGUCUCCAAUUAUAAGAAAGGCAUAAAUUAAAUGGUUCAGGCUGUUUCACCGAAUAUCAGAAAUGAACAUUUAAUAAGAUGCACUGUUCAUUUAGUUUUUGUUGUUGUUUUCUUUCUGCGUCUCAGCUGGUUCAGAUAAAGUGAUGCUUCAUCAAGUUGUGCUCUGGCAUGUGUGUCGUCUCAUGUGGAAACCAUUUGACUGAGGUUUACCAUCUGUUACACUUAACUCGACCAAAAAAGAAAAAGGGUUCCAAGGACCUUCUGGAAAAAUAAUAAAAACACAAGCUACAAUUA